AUGGCAGAGGAAUCAUUGUUAUUAAAUUUUGUUACUGAUGAGCCUAGCUCAUCGGUCAAUCGUGUAAAUUCCGGCGGGCGAUGGAAGGAUCGUGUGAAAGACAAAAAAGAUCAAAAAAGAAAGGCCGCUACCUCUUUGCCAACAACAGACCAUUCUCCUGCUGUAAAUAAUCAAAUUAAAGUACAGCGGAAAGAAAAUAUACCGUCCAUGAACGAGUCAAAACGGAGAAAGCCAACUCCCAAUUCAGGAUUCAAUCCACCUUCUGUUGCGAAACCAGUAAAACAUGACAACACUUUCGUUUCUUCUUUAUUUACCGGUGAUUCAAAAGAACAUCUCUCGUCGACUCAUCAUGAUGCAGAGGACCAAAAUCAAAACAUGUUCGAUACUCAGAAUCAAGAAGCACCAUCUAACGCACCUAUGUCAACCACAACUUUUGCUGGUGUUCAGUUGGAUUCUCAAUUGGCUAGUCACCUUGGAGAAAAGAUGAAUAUUACUGCACCAACCGAUAUUCAAAAUUCUUGUUUACCUGCCUUGUUAAACGGUAAUGAUAGAGAUGCGUUUAUUGAAGCCGAAACUGGUUCCGGUAAAACAUUGGCAUACCUACUGCCUAUUAUUCAAAGAUUGAUUCGACUUCCACCCACAAAGCGCUCACGAACAAGCGGUUUGUUUGCUGUAAUUGUUGCUCCAACGCGCGAGCUUUGUCAACAAAUUUAUACUGUUGCAAAUAAUCUUACAAAUAACCGGUUGGCUCAUUGGAUAGUUUCCUGUAAUGUGAUCGGUGGUGAAAAGAAGAAAAGUGAGAAAUCCAGGAUCCGCAAAGGAGUUAAUAUUCUAAUUGGCACUCCAGGAAGACUUGCCGAUCAUAUAGAGAAUACGGAAGUAUUGGAUCUUAGUCAAGUGCGGUGGGUUGUGUUAGACGAGGGCGAUCGUUUGAUGGACAUGGGAUUCGAAGAAACAAUUACAAAAAUUUUGAAGUAUUUAGACUCCCAAAAUUCACCAUAUCCGUUAGGGGAUAGUAUGCCAUCUCGAAAAGUCAAUGUACUAUGCUCUGCUACUAUAAAGGAUACCGUCAAACAGUUGAGUCAGUCUGCAUUGAAGGACGCGAUGUAUCUCAGGUCUUCAUCUUCAUCUACCGACGAGAAUGAAGAUCAAAAAACACACAAGUCUUCUGCUCCUGCGCAAUUACUUCAGCGGUAUUGUGUGAUUCCUCCAAAGUUGAGACUAGUAAGUUUGGCUUCCGUUUUGCGAUCAAAUUUGAAAGAUAAUCAAAGGAUUAUCGUAUUUUUAUCAUGUGCAGACAGUGUAAACUUUCAUUUUGAGGCUUUCCGCCGCAGAAAAGCGGAAUCAGAGAACGAGCUGGAGGAAAAAGAAGAUGAAACGAAAAAUAUACCAACUUCUAGUGAACAAGCAGUAGACACUGCAUAUCGUUUAAAUAACAAAGCAAAAGUUUAUAGACUUCAUGGAUCUCUCUCGCAGCAAACUCGUACGGCAACGUUGUCUCAAUUUUCUUCGGAAAAGAACAAUUUCCCUCGUAUAUUACUCUGUACGGACGUUGCGUCUCGUGGUUUGGAUUUACCUAAUAUUGAUUUAGUUGUCCAAUAUGACGCCCCGUUCAGCACAGAUGACUAUUUGCACAGAAUUGGUCGGACAGCUAGAGCUGGUCAUAGCGGUGCUGCUUUUAUGUUUUUAUUGCCCAAGGAAAUUGAAUACAUUAAUUUGUUACGAGCCAACGUUAAGGUGAAUAUUUCCGAGCAGCCGAAUGGACCGUCAUCCAUUUUAAGCAGUGGAUUUUCUGUUCCAGGAUCUCGUGCUAAAAGUGAGUUAGAAUGGCAGGACCAAGCGACUGAAUGGCAGCUUGAGCUUGAACGAAUGAUUCUUGAGGAUCCCGACUUGAAGGAGGUCGCAAAGAAGGCGUUUUCUUCUUAUGUUCGUGCGUAUGCAACACAUUUGUCUUCGGAAAGAUCGAUUUUCAACAUGCGUGAUCUUCAUCUAGGCCAUAUUGCCAAGUCUUUUGCGUUACGUGAAGCGCCUGGUAAAAUGUCGAAUAACAGUAACAGUAAACAAAAAGGCGGUACUGCUAGUGCACGUCCAAAACAGAGAAAGGAUAAUUCACCGGCGGCAAUUUCUGCCAGGAUGCAGAAGAAGGCAAUGGAGCAUUAUUCGUUUGAACAUAACAUUGGUUAA